AUGAAAGAUAUACUAUCAAAGAAGUGCAGAUUUGGAGAGUUUGAGGCUAUUGCUCUCACUCAAGGGUACACAGUAAUGUUGAUGAAGAAAUUACCUCCAAAGUUAAAGGAUCCAAGGAGUUUCACUAUCCUGUGUUCAAUUGGAAAUCAUUAUGUUGGUAAGACGUUAUCUGACUUAGGAGCAAGUAUAAAUCUAAUGUCUAUAUUUAUUUUCAAGAAGUUAGGAAUUUGGAAAGCAAUACCUAUUACAGUGACUUUGCAAUUAGCUGAUCAAUCCUAUGCCCAUCCGAAAGAAUUUAAAGCUGAUCAAAAUAUGCCAAUUAUCCUUAGAAGACCCUUUCUUGCUACAGAUGAAAAUGAAGAAUGCCAUGCCAUUGGUUUGAUAGAAACAACAGUGGAGGAAGAAUUCAAUAGAAUUUGCCACAACAAUUCUGAUAACAACGAAGACUCAUUAGAAAGGAUUGAUAAAGUAUGUUUCGAAGAACUUGGUGAAUUCAUAGAAGCCAAACAGACAUUAGAGAGACCAGGGAAAAAUUUUGACUCUUUGGAUUUGUCGAGUCAUUCAUUCAAAUCUCCUAAACCUUCCAUAGAGAAACGCCCUACAUUGGAGUUGAAACCUUUGCUGCAACAUUUAAAAUAUGAAUACUUGGAAGAUAACAGCCCCUUGUCGAUUGUGAUUUUUGCAGAAUUGACAUUCGAACAAGAAGUCAAGUUGUUUGAAGUCCUACGAUGA